AUGCCUGACUCGAGACUCGAUUUCUAUCUUCCAGGCUAUCCUUUUUUCUUCCUUUCUUUAUUUCUUUCUCUCUUUGUCUGUCGUUUUCGAUCUAACUUUCUUUUUCUCACUGUCUAUCUGGCUGUUUUUUUUUCUAAUCUACUCUCUCGCUAUCUGAAUACCUUCACCUUUCCUUUUUGUUUAUUUCUCAUUUUUUCAGUUUAUCUAUAUUUGUUUCUAUCUUUGCCUAUCGGCAUCUAUUUUUUCUCUUUGUCUAUAUAUCUAUGUAUAUGGUUUAUCUAUCUAUCUAUCUAUCUAUCUAUCUAUCUAUCUAUCUAUCUAUCUAUCUAUCUUUACGACAAUUUAUCCAUCGCACCUUGUAUAUUCUCUUUCUCUCUGUCGAUCAGUCUCGUUUUUUUCUCUUUCUUUGUCCAUCUUUUUUUUUCUCACCUACCUUCUCUUUUAACUAUCUUACUUCCUCUUUCGCUAUCUCUCUUUCUCUACAUACCUCUCUUUUUGUCUAUUUCUUCUUUUUCUAUCUAUCGAUAUCUCUCUCUCUUUCUCUCUAUAUUUCUUUCUUUCUUUAUCUAUCUAUCUAGCUAUCAAUUCAUCUAUAAUGAUUUCCCAAGGGCAAACUUGCUAAUCAUUACACCAAGUCGAGAUGCUUCUUUCUUUCUUUCUUUCUUUCUUUCUUUCUUUCUUUCUUUCUUUCUUUCUUUCUUUCUUUCUUUCUUAUACGGUUCAUUAUCUAUCUAUCUAUCUAUCUAUGAGACUCUAUCUGUGAGAAUCUAUCUAUCUAUCUAUCUAUCUAUCUAUCUAUCUAUCUAUCUAUCUAUCUAUCUAUCUAUCUUAUACGUAUGUUUCUCUAUCUAUCUAUCUAUCUAUCUAUUAGUCUGUUCACAUCUAUCUAGCUCUCUCUUUCUCUCUCUCUCUCUCUCUCUCUCUCUCUAUCUAUCUAUCUAUCUGCCAGUUCAUAUUUGCCUGUUCAUAUCUAUCUAUAUAUCUAUCUAUUCACAUCUAUCAUUAGUCUAUUCACAUCUAUCUAUCUAUCUAUCUAUCUAUCUAUCUAUCUAUCUAUUAGUCUGUUCACAUCUAUCUAGCUCUCUCUCUCUCUCUCUCUCUCUCUCUCUCUCUAUCUAUCUAUCUAUCUAUCUGCCAGUUCAUAUUUGCCUGUCCAUAUCUAUCUAUCUAUCUAUCUAUCUAUCUAUCUAUAUUAGCCUAUUCACAUCUAUCUAUCUAUAA